UUGACAUUUAUACCGGAUGUAGACUAGUCUGGUGUUUCGUAAACAUCAUUUGGUUGAGAACACGUUGACAUCAUGUCUUUGAACAAAUCAUAUGUGUCUGCUCAGACGCUCUGUAAAUAUCUAACCAGGACUGGAUCGAGACGAUUUCAAGGGACAGCGGCAGCAGCAGAAAAGCAACUUCACAACGAUGACAAAUCAAGCAAAAGCAAAGCUGUUUUUGACUGGCGUGAUGCUCUCAACCUCAACAGCCUUUUAACGGAGGAGGAAAUAAUUGUCCGUGACCAGUUCCGAUCCUAUUGCCAGGAAAAACUUAUGCCCAGAAUCCUCCUUGCUAACAGAAAUGAAGUGUUUGACCCCGCCAUCAUGCGAGAGAUGGGGGAGCUGGGGGUACUGGGCCCCACCAUACAGGGCUACGGCUGUGCUGGGCUCUCCUCCGUGGGGUACGGACUCCUGGCCAGAGAACUGGAGAGGGUGGACAGCAGCUACCGGUCAGCCAUGAGUGUUCAGUCCAGUCUGGUCAUGUGGCCUAUCUAUGCAUACGGCACCGAGGAGCAGAGGCAGAAAUAUAUUCCUAAACUAGCCAGGGGUGAGCUGAUUGGUGCCUUUGGUUUGACGGAACCCAAUCAUGGAAGUGAUCCAUCUUCAAUGGAGACCAAUGCUAAAUACAACUCCUCCAAGAAGACCUUCGUGUUGAAUGGCUCCAAGUCAUGGAUCACCAACUCCCCAAUUGCUGAUGUGUUCGUUGUCUGGGCGAAGAGUGAUGUCAAUAACAAGAUUCGAGGAUUCAUCUUGGAGAAGGGGAUGAAAGGGUUAUCUACCCCUAAGAUUGAGGGCAAGUUCUCACUGCGAGCCAGUAUCACUGGACAGAUUGUAAUGGAGGACGUGGAGAUCCCAGAGGAAAACCUGCUUCCUGCAGCCAGCGGACUUGGGGGUCCGUUUGGCUGCCUGAACAAUGCAAGGUUUGGAAUUGCAUGGGGAAGUCUUGGAGCUGCAGAGUUUUGUUUGGAGACAGCCAGACAGUACACGCUUGACAGGAAGCAGUUUGGCAAACCCCUGGCCAAGAACCAACUACCUCAGAAGAAAAUGGCAGACAUGUUGACAGAAAUUUCCAUCGGUCUUCAGUCAUGUCUCCAAGUUGGGCGACUGAAGGAUCAAGGGAGAGCUACUCCAGAGAUGAUUUCCCUGAUCAAGAGGAACUCCUGUGGCAAAGCUCUGGAGAUUGCAAGGAACUCUCGGGACAUGUUAGGGGGAAAUGGCAUCUCUGACGAGUACCACGUCAUCAGACACGUCAUGAAUCUCGAGUCGGUUAACACGUACGAAGGCACACACGACAUCCAUGCACUGAUUCUCGGCCGAGCCAUCACAGGACUGCAGGCGUUUACCUCUGAUUAAUGAAGACUCUGUGAAACCCUAGUCAGGCAAACCCAGAGUAUUAGAGUCACGUGUCAAGAACUGCUGCACUGAAAUAUCGAAGCUGUUUUCCGUCAGUGGACAGCAUCAGGCAUUGAGUAUAAAAUGUCCUGGUCGUUCACCAGGGGAUGGCUUUGCCGUUGUUACAAGCUCAUUUCGAAACUGAACCACAGAUAUUAUUCCAGAUAUCAGAACACACAGAACUAAAUUGUGGAAUCAGGAAACAUACAUGCAAGAUCAAUGAACAAUCAAAAAGUAGAUCGAAAAACACAAUUUUAAGUUUACGAUCGAAAAUUCAACACAUUGGUUCCAAUAAGAGGCAAGUGGCAGUAAUUAACAUGGUUCCAUUAUUGUAUCGAAUGCACUCAGGAAUGAUCAGAAUAGUUUCAGUGUUGAAUGUCUUGAUAGAGAUUAUGACUUUUCGUGACAUUAGACUGGUGGAGGUGGAAGGUAUUUGGUGUUUCCAUAUUGGAAUCCAAACUGUACAGGGUAAGUAGGUGAGAAACACCCUGUCACAUCAAGCCCUCAAGAAACCUUCCAAUCUAAAACUUAUCAAACAGUAGGCUUGCCAUGUGUAUGUGCACAGCAAGGGCAGAUAAAUCCAAUUCUAAUACACACCCAUUCUGGAAUGUUCCUCUUGCAGUGGGAGUACUGCACUUUACCGGGCGCACUUUUUCAGAUUAAUAAUUAGCGCUGCUGGGGUUACCUAACCCUAACCCUUAACCCUAAGGAUCAUAAAGGGUGCCUAACCCUAAGGAUCAUAAAGGGUGCCUAACCCUAACGAUCGUAAAGGGAGCAGCUAGGGCUGCACCAGGUAAAGUCCAUUCUAGCCAACACAGCCAGUCCCAAAAACUAAAACAAU